CACUUGGGACAUGAGCGAUCAAGUACUUGCUCAGAAGCUGAGACUUCGAAAAACAGUUUUGAAAGAGGUUGUGGAAAGUCAGCUAAAGAUGCAGCGUAGUACACAGGCCAUGAUGAUUGUUAUAGGAGGGUUCUUGCAACCCCGGACAGGGCCCAAGAACCCAAGACUACAAGGUGUAGAGAAGAUAGAUCCUCGUUCCAAUUCCUGGUCUUCUGUAGCGGAUUUUCCGAUGAAAAGUUCAGGAGCAGUAGCCCUUACCCUUCGUGGUCAUUUAUUUUGUUUGGCAUAUGAACCUGUUGAAAAUCGCCGUGAUGCCACCCUAGUCACAGAAACAAGAAUUUUUGAAUUUGACUUGGUGAAAAACCAGUGGCAUGAUGCAAGGAGCAACUUUUCAGAUCAGGUCUUGACGUGUAUAGAUGAAUGUUUGCAAGCUUCUGGUGCAGUGACCGUGUGUGAGGAAACAAGUGUGAUCUACACAAUGUCUGGUACUGAGGUAUGUAGGAUACCCUUCACGGAACUUGAUGGAAAUAUCUUUUGUAAGCAAGUGCAUUAUUUGCCCAAACCUGCUGAAUACAUGUCGCCAUCACAUUGUAUGCAUUCAGCCAUUGUGGCUGUCACCUGCACUCUACAGUGCCUUUCAAACGAGGAACAUAAGUAAAUCAAAACACAGAGAACAAUUUAAAAAUAUAAUAUAAUUUAAAAAUUAAAAGAGAAACACAACACAAAACAAUUCCUAAUUUCCCAAACCCACAGUUCGAAUACACGUUUCUUCCAAAGUUUCAAAAGUAUUCACUCUUCUUGCACAGUUCCUCUCAAAGUCUCACUUGAAACAGCACAACGUUUCCGCUUCUAACAUACACCAUAUAUCCACAUGAAAAGUACACAAAGUUUCCACUUCUUAAAGUUAUAUCCAACUCAGCGCUGGUCAGUAACUCCAGGCGGAUAAGACGAGUACAAGAAGAACAAUCAACCAAAAGUAAAAUAAAACAAAAGAAAUCCAAAAGAAAAUCCCAAAGAAAAGCCUGGAGAGAAAAAACAAAACCAUUUUUUAGAUAAAUGCAAAUUCACUCUCAACUAUUUCAAACCAUGUUCAUGAAGUAUACACAAAUAUAUCACACUCAUCAGAAAUUUCCCAUUCUUCAACAUAGGCUCACCAAAAAUCAUCAGAAAUACACACUCACUGAAAAAUCAACAAAGAUUCACACUCACCUCAACAGGUUCAAUGCUAACAAAAAUACAAACAAGUCUGGUAACUUCAAGUCGGUUCAGGACUUGUACAACACAAUACAAAUCUGGUCAGGAUUUGUACAACAACACCAAGUCCGUCAAGACUGGUCGCAAACAAAAACCGUCCACUCCAGACACAUUGACAACACCAAAGAGACUGUCCCUUCUCCACGCUCCCGUCAAGGAGAAAAAACCCAGUCAUACCACACACAUCCAAAACACUGCCACACUCUUUCCUUUGUUCGAACUAACAACAAAACAAUCUUUCUUUUGUUCUAUCAACAAAACAACCUAUCAACACAAACUUAAUUGAAACAAAGUUUUCUUGUACUAAAUUCAAACAAAAGAUGAUAAUUGUAUUGUAUGUAAUUGUCAUGAAAGUAGGUCCCAAGGCAGAAAUUACAAAAAACAAUUAUUUGGACACUAUUAAAAAAACAUAAAGUGCCAAACAAUGAACUUUUUAUUAGAAUAUACAUUAAACUUUAAAAAUAUUACUUACUAUUAUUUGGUUAUUUCCUGUUCAGCAGUUCACUGCCACUAUAGCUGGUUUCUCCUUUUUGUUUGACGAUAUGUCUAUAAUCGCACGAACCACAUAUAAGGAACACGUUUCCUUCGUAGUCAGGCCAUAACUGCAAUGGACAGUUUCGACAAGCAUCACAAACAGCAUGUUGUAAAAGUUUCGACAGGCGUCACAAACAGCAUGUUGUAAAAGUUGAUUGACUUGAUCCGUCGUUAUCGAAAAAUUUUCAAUGGGUCCCUUACCCGUUAUAGCUUCGUCGCUAGAGGACUCAGAAAAUGACGUCCCGUUUUCCAGUUUCUCCCUUGCUUUCUUUUCUCUAUAUUUCUCCCAGCGUGCGUUCGCAGCUUUCGUUGCUUGCCUUGAUUUGGCCCUCGCCCCUUUUCCAGUUUUUUCUCUGCUUGGGCAGUCUGCUUUCUACCAGUCUCCAGUCUGGUUAGCUUUCUUCAUUUUUUUUACAGUUUACUGCUGUAACUGACACGGUGGCCUCGAUAUCAAGCCAAUGAGGAAACACGUGUCUACCUGUGACCAAUAGGGAGGUUCAUUAGGGCAGAGACUUCUUAUCUCAAUUCGUUAGGGUCACAUGUAUUUAUGGACUGAUGUUUAUUAGAAUAUACAUUAAACUUUAAAAAUAUUACUUACUAUUAUUUGGUUAUUUCCUGUUCAGCAGUUCACUGCCAAUAUAGCUGGUUUCUCCUUUUUGCUUGACGAUAUGUCUAUAUUCACAUGAACCACAUAUAAGGAGCACGUUUCCUUCAUAAUCUGGCCAUAGCUGUAAGGGGCAGUUUCGGCAAACGUCACAAACAGCAUGUUGUAAAAGUUGGUUUACUUCAUCCAUUGUCAUCAGAAACGUUUCCUUGGGUCCCAUACCAAUGAUAGUUUCGUCGCUAGACGACUUCGAAAAUGACGUCCCGGUAGCGUUUUCCAGUUUCUCCCUUGCUUUCUUUUCUCUGUAUUUCUCCCAGCGUGCGUUCGCAGCAUUCGUCGCUUGCCUUGAUUUGGCCCUCGCCCCUUUUCCAGUUUUCUUCUUGGGCAGUCUGCUUUCGACCAGCUUUCUUCAUUGUUUACGUUUUAACUACAGUUUUGCAGUAACUGACACGGUGGCCUCGAUAUCAAGCCAAUGAGGAAACACGUGUCUACCUGUGACCAAUAGGGAGGUUCAUUAGGGCAGAGACUUCUUAUCUCAAUUCGUUAGGG